AUGAAGAUAGAACUGUUCACCUUUGACCCUUCGCUGCCAAACUCACCGCAACUUAAACUCUCUGGGAAACGAUACUGUAGAGAUGAUCCUGACCGUACUCCGGGCCACCCAGACAACGGCUUGUCUCUGCUGUUCGCUCACGCAUCGGCUCUGCACAAAGAAACAUGGGAACCGACCAUACAAGCGUUAUUCACUCUCGAUCAAAAUCGUCGCAUUCGCGAAGUUUGGGCUUUGGACUGGCAACACCAUGGCUAUUCGGUGACAUUGAACGAGGAUGCCCUGCGAGAGCGACCGGAAGGAAUCAGCAUUUCGGAGUGGGGUUUUGCGUUAGCACGAUUCAUGGGUUCCGAGUACAUGCAAGAUCGGCGUGUAGUCGCCAUUGGCCACUCAGCUGGAGCAUCUGCGAUCAUGUACUCCACCAAAUACCUCAUCCCAUCACAAUACUCGACAUCCUCUCCAGCGACACCGUGUACUACCUCUGCCUCACGCUUUAGCUCAGCACUAGGAACUCUCUAUACGUCCAUUAUUCUCGUCGAGCCGGCCUUGAUCGAUCGAAGAACUUACGACGCUCAUCUUGACGAUCGAGAAGGUCAGAUCAAUGCGGUCAUGAAAUCGGUGGUCAAGAGCCGUGCGACGUGGAACUCGAGGGAGGAGGCGCUGUCGUGGCUGACGAAGAAAUACCCUUGGAAGACAUGGGAUAGAAUGGCUGUGAAGCUGUUUGUGGAGCACGGUUUGCGUGAAACUAGGAAUGCAGAUGGUCAUACUUAUGUUAGUGUUAUAUGCUCGAAGGAACACGAAGCUAGGACGUACAACGACAUCGAUGCGACUUUUGACGCUGCUGAAAUGAUCGCACCAACGUGUGUAGCGACAUCGAUACAUGUCAUAUUUGGGGCGAGAGAGGAUGUAGUCCCUAAGUACAGCCAGGACUCGCUCAUCGAUCAGUCUCAAGGGCGUAUCAUGAAGUCCGUCACACGUUUGCCUGGCGUCGGUCAUAUGAUCCCGCAAGAGAAUCCAGAGUCACUCGCUGAAGCCAUUUACUCCAUCCUUUAUAAUGCGCGCCAAAUACCAGCUGUAGACAAAACGGCGACAUCGAAGCUGUAG